UCUCCUCUUCUUCGCAGAGUCACUUGCAGUUCAGUGCGCGAUCCGUUCACUCUAGUCGAAACAGUCGUCAGAUACAACCCAGCAAGAUGUCUCUCGCAGAUCCCGUUGCUUUCAUGAAAGAUUUCGUCGCCGGAGGAAUCUCCGCGGCGGUCUCCAAGACAUGUGUGGCCCCCAUCGAACGUGUCAAGCUGCUCCUGCAAGUCCAACACAUCUCCAAACAGAUCCCGGAGAACCAGCGCUACAAAGGUAUGGUCGACUGUUUUGUUCGCAUUCCCAAAGAACAAGGUGUUUUGGCCUACUGGCGCGGUAACUUGGCCAACGUCAUCCGUUAUUUCCCCACACAAGCCCUCAACUUUGCCUUCAAAGACAAGUACAAGCAGGUCUUCUUGAGCGGCGUCGACAAAAACACACAAUUUUGGCGCUAUUUCCUUGGUAAUCUGGCUUCCGGCGGUGCUGCCGGUGCCACUUCCCUUUGCUUCGUUUAUCCCCUUGACUUCGCCAGAACAAGAUUAGCCGCCGACGUCGGCAAAGCUUCAGGAGAACGCGAGUUCAGCGGCUUGGGCAACUGCAUCAUGAAGAUCUACAGAGCUGAUGGCCUGAUCGGCCUGUACCGAGGCUUCGGCGUAUCCGUCCAGGGCAUCAUCAUUUACCGAGCCGCCUUCUUCGGCUUCUACGACACAGCUAAAGGCAUCCUGCCCGACCCCAAGAACACCCCCUUGGUGAUCUCGUGGGCCAUCGCCCAGACCGUGACGACCAUCGCCGGCAUCGUCUCCUAUCCCUUCGACACCGUGCGCAGGCGUAUGAUGAUGCAGUCCGGCAGGAAGAAGGCCGACAUCGUGUACAAGAACACGGCCCACUGCUGGGUGACCAUCGCGAAGUCCGAAGGCGGCGCCGCCUUCUUCAAGGGCGCCUUCUCCAACGUUCUCCGAGGCACCGGCGGCGCCCUCGUGCUCGUCCUCUACGACGAAAUCAAGACCUUCCUGUUUUAAUCUAGCCCGCUAAUUAGCUUAGUAUCAUUCACACUUAAUCACUCUCCAAGUUCACAACAGUAGCGAAUUCUUUUCACUUCGCUUCGGGUUGCGCCUCUAGAGUCAUUCCGGAUGAGGGGAUCAGGCCAGGGACCCGGACCUGCUCGCUGCCCUGAUUUCGCUGGCAACGCAUCCACUGCGGCGCAACUGGAAGGGUUCUGUUCUAUAGAUGGUUUUGGUUUUAUAGCGUUUUAGCGACGGUUCUGGGAGGGCGCUUCUGGAACACGACUGCGUUGAACGGAUCGCCAAAUUGUACAGUGUACAUUGUUGAAAUGUUUAUAUAUUUUUAUCACAAAGACCAGUGAUCACCUGAUAAUAAAAACUUGGUGGUA